GUGUCACGUGGGGCGUCGUCGGCCGGCGCGGAGGUCGCUGGAGUCCAAGAUGGCGGCGGAGCUAGUGGAAGCGAAGAACAUGGUCAUGAGUUUUCGAGUAUCAGAUCUUCAGAUGCUUCUGGGAUAUGUUGGACGCAGUAAAAGUGGUUUGAAGCAUGAGCUUGUCACUCGUGCAUUGCAACUGGUGCAGUUUGAUUGCAGCCCUGAAGUCUUCAAGAAAAUAAAGGAGCUUUAUGAGACUAGGUAUUCAAAGAAGGUCACUGAUGUUGUUCCUGCUGCCCCAGUGCCACAACCACACCGUUCACCAGACUCUUUGGCUGUCCAUCCAUCUUAUGACCAUGGAACAUCGGGCCCAAGGACUUCUCUUUCUCCACCUAACAUGGACUACCCAGCCCUCUAUGGCAAACAUGUUAAUGGCCUUUCCCGUAUACCUCCCAAAGUAAUGACCAAACCUGAGGUUCGACUUGUGAAGCUGCCCUUUUAUGAUGUAGUGGAUGAACUUUUAAAACCAACGGAGCUUGUUGCACAGAACAGUGAAAAACUCCAAGACAGUCCCUGUGUUUUUGUGCUGUCUCCAAGACAAGUGGACCUAAUAAAAAAUUCAAGGGAUUUACAUCCUGGCACCAAAUCUGUUCAGGUUGUCUUGAGGAUUUGUUACACUGACACAAGCUGUCCACAAGAGGAUCAGUACCCUCCCAACAUUGCUGUAAAGGUCAAUCACAACUAUUGUUCAGUGCCGGGUUACUACCCCUCCAAUAAACCUGGUGUUGAACCCAAGAGGCCGUGCCGCCCUAUAAAUCUUACUAAUCUCAUGUAUCUGUCUUCAGCUAGCAACAGAGUUACGGUCACCUGGGGAAACUAUGGCAAGAGUUAUUCUGUGGGCUUGUAUUUGGUAAGACAGAGAACCUCAUCUGAACUUUUACAACGUUUAAAAACCAUCGGUGUGAAACAUCCAGAAUUGUGCAAGACCCUUGUUAGGGAAAAACUGCGUCUCGACCCAGAUAGUGAGAUUGCGACCACUGGUGUAAGAGUAUCACUUAUUUGUCCGCUUGUAAAGAUGCGAUUAACUGUACCAUGUCGAGCAGAGACCUGCGCUCACCUGCAGUGCUUUGAUGCAGUCUUCUAUUUACAAAUGAAUGAAAAGAAACCAACAUGGACGUGUCCUGUGUGUGACAAACCUGCUCAAUAUGAUCAACUAAUAAUUGAUGGACUUUUGUCAAAGAUCCUUAGUGAGUGUAAGGAUGCCGAUGAAAUUGAAUUCCUGGUUGAUGGGUCUUGGCGUCCUAUAAAAGCGGAGAAAGAGAGGAGCAGCAGUCCACUCUGUCCUAUUCUUGAUUUAGGCUCUCCGGAAAUGACUGCAAAGGUCCCCCCUCCUAGCAGCACCGUAUCAACUGAGAAUGGAAAGCCUGGCCCAGAUGUGGUUGAUCUGACACUGGACAGCUCUUCGUCUUCAUCGUCCUCCUCUGAAGAAGACGAGGAAGAGGAGGAGGAGGACCGUCCAUCACAUAAGAGACGCUGCUUUGAAAAAGGACUCUUAUCAGCUUGCUGACCCCCCCCCCCCCCCCCCCUCCUGCUUUCUUACACUGAACUUGGACUUAAUUGCAAACAGAUGCAGCUGGGUGCUGUUAUAUCCCCUCUUCCUACCAAGACCUGUAUGCAUCAUAGUUUUUGCAAUGUCCCCUGUACAAUUUAGGAGGCAUAGAACAUCAUGUUGACCUUCAGUGGGCGAAUACUGUCUUCAUUCCCCCCUUUUUAUUUUUAUUAUUUUUUCUAUUUUAAUGAAACUUAUAUUGAAAGUGGGCCCAGGAGACAGACUGAGGGGAGAAACCAUUCCAUGCCUCCUUAUCAACCACUCUCCUUGCCUUUAGAAACACAUUUGAAAUGCAGACUUUUCCCCCCUUUGCUCUCAUGUAUGAGCAGUGAAGGGGCACAGUAGUAUAGUUAAAUAUUUGGAACAAUUGGAUUGUCAUUGAAGGGAUGUGAAUGUUGGUGGGAAAAUAAAUGCAAAAGAUUAAUACUGUAAA